CAUCUCGGCGAGGCUGCAGCGGCCGCGGCCCCCUGCGAAGCAGCCCGUGCAACCCGGCCGGCCCCCGCUUGAGCCCCGGGCGCCAUGGCGUCCGUGCAGGCGUCUCGCCGCCAGUGGUGCUACCUCUGCGACCUGCCCAAGAUGCCGUGGGCCAUGGUGUGGGACUUCAGCGAGGCCGUGUGCCGGGGAUGCGUGAACUUCGAGGGCGCAGACCGCAUCGAGCUGCUCAUCGAGGCAGCCCGGCAGCUCAAGCGGAGCCACUCGCUGCCGGAGGGCCGCUCCCCGGGGCCCCCGGCCCUCAAGCCCCCGGCCACCGCGGGCAAGGAGGCGGGAGGAGCCCAGCCUCAAGACCGCUAUGAUCGGGCGUCGUCGUCCUCGUCUUCCUCGUCCUCGUCUUCCAUCGCCACGGCCGCGGCCUCCUCCGGGCAGACCUCCCGCAUGCCCCUGACCCCGGCCACUCUGGACUUUGGCAUCGGGGCCCGGCUGGCCAACGGAGAAGCUGAUGGGGCCCGGAGGGCCCUGCUGGGGGCCAUGCCCGGCCUGGUCUCCCCCGGGCUGCUCGCCGCGGCUGUGUCCGGGCUGGGCGGCCGGGGCAUGGCCCUGGGCGCCCGCCCAAGCUUCGGGGCCGAUUUUGAGAAGGAGAAGGCUGUGGCCGGGGUGGGUGCCGGGGGAGUCGUGGGCAGCCAGCCCCCACGGGCGGCAGACUGUCUGGCGGAGCUGAACGAGGCCAUGCGUGGCCGAGCAGAGGAAUGGCACGGGCGGCCCAAGGCCGUUCGGGACCAGCUGCUGGCGCUCUCGGCCUGCGCCCCCUUCAACGUCCGGUUCAAGAAGGACCACGGGCUGGUGGGCCGAGUGUUUGCCUUUGAUGCGACUGCCCGCCCCCCGGGCUACGAGUUUGAGCUGAAGCUCUUUACCGAGUACCCCUGCGGCUCCGGGAACGUCUACGCCGGCGUCCUGGCAGUGGCCCGCCAGAUGUUCCACGAUGCCCUCCGAGAGCCCGGCAAAGCUCUGGCCUCUUCGGGCUUCAAGUACCUGGAGUACGAGAAACGGCACGGCUCCGGCGAGUGGCGGCAGCUGGCCGAGCUCCUCACCGACGGCGUCCGCACCUUCCGGGAGCCGGCUCCCGCCGAGGCCCUGCCCCUGCAGUCCCCCGAUGGGGCCUCGGCCCGCCCGGCGCGGACCCCCGGACCGGUCCCCAGGAGGCGCAAAGCCUCCCCCGAGCCGGAGGGGGAGGCUGCUGGGAAGCUGACCAGUGAAGAGCAUCAGCAGCAGCAGCAGCAGCAGCAGCAGCGCCACUGGGGAGCAGCCCCCUACGCCGGUGAGCCCACCGUAGCGGCCGCUGGGGCUCCUUCGCCCAUCGCAGCCCUGAAGACGGUGGCCGAGGGGCUGGGUCAGUCGCCCAAGGAGGGAGGUGGUGGAGGCCCUGGGAGGGCUGGAGGAGCGAGCCCGGCAGCCUCGUCCCCAGCUGCUCCUCAGAGGCUGGUAGCCCGAAAUGGAGAGGCUGAGGGGGAGUCUGGGAGCGGGGGAGUGGCCGGGGCAGGCGGUGGGAGCAGUGGGGCCGGGGCCCCCCUGUGCUGCACCCUGUGCCGGGAGAGGCUGGAGGACACCCACUUUGUCCAGUGCCCGUCUGUGCCGGGCCACAAGUUCUGCUUCCCCUGCUCGAGGGAGUUUAUCAAGACCAUGGGCCCUGCCGGUGAGGUCUACUGCCCCAGCGGGGACAAGUGCCCACUGGUGGGGUCCAGCGUACCCUGGGCCUUCAUGCAGGGGGAGAUUGCCACCAUCCUGGCAGGCGACAUCAAGGUGAAGAAGGAGCGGGAUCCUUAAACUCGGCCCCUCCUCCUUCCCACAUCCUUUCCUAGGCCCUGGGUUUCUGGGAUCCUGGACCCUGCAGCUAAAUUAUUCCUUCUGAGCGGCCCUUGCCCCCACACCUUUCCCUUCCCCACAGACUGAGCUUCCUUAGAGCUUAUUCUGGGGGGGAAGCAGCCUCAAGGAUACCCCUAGAGCUCUUAGCUGAGCCCUGCCAAACUCCUGGUUCCCAGCCCCAGGUCGAGCUUCCCCAGAACAGACACCCCAGGUUUGGGGAGGAAAAGAUGGGGCCAGAGCAUCCCCAAAGCCCUGGGUUCCUGCCCUUGGACUAAAUUCUCUGGAACCGCUGCCUCCUGAUUUCCAGUGGGAGGUGGAGCCAAGAACAUUCCAGAGCCCUCAGAACUGGCCCUUCCACUCCCAGGUCCAUCCUCCUUCACACUGAGCUGCUUUGCAGUGGGUGCCCGCUGUUUCGGGGGGCGAUGGGCUCAAGGACCGUCCCAGAGCUCAGAGCCGAGGGACCGGCCCCUGGAUUUCCUGGGGCCUAAAGCUCAGAGCUGAUCCCAGAGAUGUCGGGAUCCUGCCCUUAGACAAAAAACAAAAAACCUCUGGAACGAUUGCCUCCAAUUCCAAGGGGAGAGCUGGAUUUAAAGAUGCCCCAAACCCCCGAGCUGGGCCGUGGACACACCCUGGGUCCCUGCCCUUCAUUAGCGCUUCCUGGGAAUGGUCACUUCUGAUUCCAGGGGAGACCGGUUCAAGCACACCUCCAAAGCCUGGCGUCAGGCGCCCCGGACACUUGGGCCCUGACUUCGUACCGAGCUUCCCCAGAGCCGUUGACCUGAGUCUCCCAGGUCCAAGGAUGAAUCCCAAAGCCGGGCACUUUGCUUUUGGACAAAGCUUUCCGGAACAGCCGCCCCCGUCCCCUGGGGUCGGGAGUGUGUGUGUGUCUGUGUGAUGAUUUUAAGGAGGGUGUCGAAGGCCUCAGUUCUUGGGUCCUGGCCUUCCUCAAGAGCUUCCCCGGCGAGGGCCACUUUCAAGGAAGACCUCUCCAUAGGCGCCCGGGUUCGCGCCCUUCCUCCCGUCUUUCCCCAAAUCCAGGGGGAGCUGGGGGACACCAGAGUGCUGGUCUUAACUAGUUGGGCCCCCUCCCGAUCCAGCACCCCGAGAACAGUCAGCUCACAGUCUGGGAGGGGGAAGACAUGGAUGGAGCCAUAGACUUCCCUUGCUGGGGCCCGCAAUACUUUGGGGAGGGGGGAAAGAGGGGUAGUUUUCAGGCCUGGGUCUCCCUCACCCCCACAAGGGGUUGUAGUAGUCCCCCACUUCUAGUGCUUGGCUUUGCUGCUUGUAAUGGGGGAGGGGAAAGGGCCCCACUCUGCCCUUUCAGAAAGAACACACUUGGAUUAAGAAACUCCUUCUGGGGGGCAGGGGGUCCUCCUUCAAUAAAGCGAAGUUUUGGGUUUUUUU